GCGCCAGACGGUACCAGAGACCAGAGACAUGGAUCGCUGGCGGGGCCGUGUAGCGGUGGUGACUGGCGCCAGCGCGGGCAUCGGCGCCGCAGUGGUGCGCGCCCUGCUCCGACACGGCGUCACCGUCGUGGGAGUGGCGCGGCGCGCCGACAGGGUGCAGGCCAUUGCUAAGUCCGACUCGUACCCUGGCAAGCUGCACGCAGUCCAGGCAGACCUGCGCAAAGAGGAGGACAUUCAGGCGGCCUUCCGCUGGCUCAAGGACAACCUCGGCCGCGUCGACAUCCUGGUCAAUAACGCUGGCGUCUUCUCUGACUCUCAGAUUACAGAGGGCAGCACAGAGGAGUUCCGCCGCAUGCUGGAGGUGAACGUGCUGGGCCUGACGCUGUGCACCAAGGAAGCCGUUAACCUGAUGCGCGCCAAGGGCAUCGACGACGGCCACAUCGUCAACAUCGGCAGCGUGGCGAGCCACUGGCUACCCCUUAUGUCGGAGGGCGCUUUCUAUUACGGCACCAAGCACGCGGUCAGGGUGCUGUCCGAGGGUCUGCGUCGCGAGUUCCUCCAGCGGGACUCCAGCAUGAGGGUCACUGAGAUCAGCCCCGGUCUCGUGGCCACGGACAUCUUCGACAACCUGCAGCUCUUCUCGCGGGAGGCGAUGCUGAAACAUCCGCACAUCACGCCGGAGGACAUCGCCGACGCCGUCAUCUACGUCCUGGGCGCCCCGCCCUCUGUGCUGGUGCACGAGAUGAUGGUAAUGCCAGUCAAACAAAAGAUGCUGACCGACAUGUAACAGACACACUGUCUCCUUGCCGUGGGCACCUCACUGCACGACGUUAUGUUAUGUACAUUGUCAGCAUGGUCAAAAUAAAUGUAUAAUACCGAU